CUGGUAAGCCGAAGGAGAAGGGAGGGGGGAGGAGCCCCCCGACGGCACCCCCUGGCCAUGAGCCCUUGAUCGGGUGGGCUGCAGCCCGAGCCGCGCUUCCAGGGCCUCCGGGUAAGUCAUGCGCCACAUCCCAAGAGGGCUCUUGCGGCCGGGUUCCGUAGCCAUUUUGGCUCAAGGGGCAUCAGACAGGGUUCUGUUCUCCGGACAUCCUCUUGCGCUCCCUCCGGUUCGGCUCAGCGUGAUGGGGGGAUCCGCGUCUUCGGGCACGAGCAGCAGCAGCAGCAGUGGGCGCAGCCAGAGCGACCUCAAUAAUCACGCGAUCCAGUGUAACCCGAACAACGAGCGGUACCAGGGCUACGAUCGUCAUUACAAAGGAGAUGGGACCCAGAAGGAUCGGGACAACCACGCCAACCAGCUGAACCCCAACAACGAGCGGUACCAGGGCAGGAAGAAGUGAGGUGGCCAGGCUCUGAUCUCCGUGCUCCGUGCGCCUGUGGCGCGUCGGAUGACGAUUUUGACGUGAUCUCCCGAUCAAUUUGUAGAUUGGUCGACGUAUGGUCAAUUUGUGGAUUGGUCGACGAGAA